UCGUUGCUCACACCACGGCGGCGGGCGGCGGCGGCUGCCAUUUAUCCAAAACAGGCCACGCCUUGUCCCCCUUCUUCAACCUUCCGCUGCUGCGAAGCAGUGCGGGAAGAUUGCAGGAUUUGCGGCCGAAUGGCGGCAGCGGUGCGGCCAUCCAAUGCCAGUCUCCUCGCACGCCUCAGGGAGGGCACGGCCAAGUUCGAGCUCCUCGAGGACCCCGCGCCCGCGCCAGCGCCGGCUUGGCCCCGGCUCCACUGCUUCGCCAGAAUUGCCCCUUCGCUGAGGGGCGGUUGGUCGGCGGCGCUGAACAAGGUUGAGCAUUACGGGGUUCAGAGGGUCACCGGAGAUGGCCGCUGCAUGUUUCGGGCGUUGGCUAAAGGAAUGGCAAAGAAUAAGGGGAUUCCUUUGACCCCGAGGGAGGAGUUACAAGAUGCAGAUGAUUUACGGAUGGCGGUGAAAGAAAUUAUAUGUGACAGCGAGACUGAGCGGCAGAAGUAUGAAGAAGCUGUUAUAGCAAUUACCGUGGAACAAUCCUUGAGACGCUACUGCCAAAGGAUAAGGCGGCCAGAUUUCUGGGGUGGAGAGUCAGAACUCCUGGUUUUGUCUAGACUGUGUCGGCAGCCAAUCAUUAUUUAUAUUCCAGAGCGCGAGUACCAUGGUCGUGGUAAUGGCUUCAUCCCCAUAGCUGAAUAUGGAUUGGAAUUCGCCAAAAAUUCAAAGAAUUGGAAGAAAAAGGCACCUGUAAGACUUUUAUAUAGCGGGAGGAAUCACUAUGAUUUGCUGGUUUGACAUGGUUGCAGUGCUAUCGUUCUUUGGUGCGUUGUCACUCCAUGGUUGCAUUUUUUUUCUUUUUAUUCUUAUGCCAGUUGUUUAGCCAACAAUAGCAUUAGUUGAACUAUCAAAAUAUCUUUCCUUUUUUUUGGCGAAAACCAGUAUGAAAAUAUCAAUUAUGAAAUAUAGAUUGUCGUUCUAUGGGUUGUAUGUUC